UUGUGUCAUUCCUCAUUCAUAUCGUCUACGUCUAUCGACAAAUUGUCAUUUUUCAUUGUCUAGGAUAAAUUAUUAUUUAUUGUGCACUUUUCAUGGAUACUACGUUCAAAUAGUAAAAUUCUCUGCGGAGUCGGUCGUUGAUAGCUUUGUUCACGUUUUAUUCAACCAAAUGUUCUAAUAGCUACAUUUCUGAGCAAAAUGUCUUGGUUUGAAGUAUCAUCAGUUUUUAGAAAUAUUCAAUCCUCUUUUCUCAACUCCAUUACAAAUAACAAUAAAGUCAUCGAAGAGAAACAGCUCAAAUAUACCGAUUGUGCUGUUAUUUGCCGUGAGGAGGAUUUAAUUUUGUAUCAAAAUCAGACCUCUUCCGAUAUAAAAUAUGACAUUGUGCUCUUGAGGCCUCACUCGGAUCAAGCUUACAGUUUGCACAGAUCAAAAGAGCUUGAUGAGGCUCAGUGCAGUACAUUGCUCUCAAAGACAAAUUACCUUGUUGGUCAGCGUGAUGCCCUCUUUGCUGAUUAA